CUCGGGCGUCCUGGUUCGCUUCGGCGUCCGCCGUCUCCGCCGCUGCCGCCUCUUCCUCCUUCGCCACCGCCGCCGUCACCCGCAGCACCGCAGCCCCUCCCGCCAUGGCCGCCGCCGGCGCCCGGCUCAGCCCCGGCCCCGGCUCGGGGCUCCGGGGGCGGCCGAGGCUCCGCUUCCACCAGGGGCCGCCGCCACUGCCGCCGCUGCUGCUGCUGUUCCUGCUCCUGCUGCCGCCGCCGCCGCUGCUGGCCGGCGCCACCGCCGCUGCCUCGCGGGAGCCCGACAGCCCGUGCCGGCUGAAGACCGUCACGGUGUCCACACUGCCCGCCCUGCGGGAGAGCGACAUCGGCUGGAGCGGCGCCCGCGCCGGGGCCGGGGCUGGGACCGGGGCCGGAGCCGCCGCCGCCGCGUCCCCGGGCUCUCCUGGCUCUGCCGGCACCGCCGCCGAGUCGCGCCUCCUGCUCUUUGUGCGUAACGAGCUGCCGGGGCGCAUCGCGGUGCAGGACGAUCUGGACAACACCGAGCUGCCCUUCUUCACCCUGGAGAUGUCUGGCACAGCGGCGGACAUCUCGCUGGUGCACUGGAGACAGCAGUGGCUGGAGAAUGGCACCUUGUACUUCCACGUCUCCAUGAGCAGCUCUGGGCAGCUGGCCCAAGCCACCGCCCCCACUCUCCAGGAGCCCUCGGAGAUUGUUGAGGAGCAGAUGCACAUCCUCCACAUUUCUGUGAUGGGUGGCCUCAUUGCGUUGCUGCUGCUGCUGCUGGUGUUCACCGUGGCGCUGUACGCUCAGCGACGUUGGCAGAAGCGUCGCCGCAUCCCCCAGAAGAGCGCGAGUACAGAAGCCACUCAUGAGAUCCACUACAUCCCAUCUGUGCUGCUGGGUCCCCAGGCGCGGGAGAGCUUCCGUUCCUCCCGGCUGCAAACCCACAAUUCUGUCAUCGGCGUGCCCAUCCGGGAGACUCCCAUCCUGGAUGACUAUGACUGUGAGGAGGACGAGGAGCCACCUAGGCGGGCCAACCAUGUCUCCCGCGAGGACGAGUUUGGCAGCCAGGUGACCCACACUCUGGAUAGUCUGGGACGUCCAGGGGAAGAGAAGGUGGACUUUGAGAAGAAAGCAGCAGCUGAGGUGACUCAGGAGACAGUGGAGUCCCUGAUGCAGAAGUUCAAGGAGAGUUUCCGCGCUAACACGCCCAUCGAGAUCGGUCAGCUGCAACCAGCCCUGCGCAGCACGUCGGCAGGAAAGAGGAAGCGGAGGAGCAAGUCUCGAGGGGGAAUCAGCUUUGGGAGAGCCAAGGGGACGUCGGGCUCUGAGGCAGACGAUGAAACGCAGCUGACGUUCUACACGGAGCAGUACCGCAGUCGCCGCCGCAGCAAAGGUUUACUGAAAAGCCCAGUGAACAAGACAGCCCUGACAUUGAUUGCUGUGAGCUCCUGCAUCCUGGCCAUGGUGUGUGGCAGCCAGAUGUCUUGUCCACUCACUGUGAAGGUGACUCUGCAUGUGCCCGAGCACUUCAUAGCAGAUGGAAGCAGCUUCGUGGUGAGUGAAGGGAGCUACCUGGAUAUCUCCGACUGGUUAAACCCGGCCAAGCUUUCCCUGUAUUACCAGAUCAAUGCCACCUCCCCAUGGGUGAGGGACCUCUGUGGACAAAGGACGACAGACGCCUGUGAGCAGGUCUGCGACCCAGAAACCGGAGAGUGCAGCUGCUAUGAAGGCUAUGCCCCUGACCCUGUUCACAGACACCUGUGUGUGCGCAGUGACUGGGGACAGAGUGAAGGACCUUGGCCCUACACGACACUCGAGAGGGGCUAUGAUCUGGUGACAGGGGAGCAAGCCCCUGAAAAGAUUCUCAGGUCUACUUUCAGCUUGGGCCAAGGCCUCUGGCUUCCUGUCAGCAAAAGCUUUGUGGUUCCGCCUGUGGAGCUGUCCAUCAACCCCCUGGCCAGCUGCAAGACUGAUGUACUCGUCACGGAAGACCCUGCAGACGUCAGGGAAGAAGCGAUGCUGUCCACAUACUUUGAAACUAUCAAUGACCUGCUGUCCUCCUUCGGGCCAGUUCGUGACUGCUCUCGGAACAAUGGGGGCUGCACUCGCAACUUCAAGUGUGUAUCUGACCGGCAGGUGGACUCCUCAGGAUGUGUGUGCCCCGAGGACCUGAAACCGAUGAAGGAUGGCUCCGGCUGCUACGACCACUCCAAAGGCAUUGACUGCUCUGAUGGUUUUAAUGGCGGCUGUGAGCAGCUGUGCCUGCAGCAGACGCUGCCUCUGCCCUACGAUGCCACUUCAAGCACCAUCUUCAUGUUCUGCGGUUGCGUGGAGGAGUACAAACUGGCUCCUGAUGGAAAAUCCUGCUUAAUGCUCUCAGAUGUCUGCGAGGGCCCCAAGUGCCUCAAACCUGACUCCAAAUUCAAUGAUACCCUCUUUGGAGAGAUGCUACAUGGUUACAACAACCGGACCCAGCAUGUGAACCAAGGCCAAGUCUUCCAGAUGACCUUUAGGGAGAACAACUUCAUCAAGGACUUUCCCCAGCUGGCCGACGGGCUGUUGGUGAUCCCGCUGCCGGUGGAGGAGCAGUGCCGGGGGGUCCUCUCCGAGCCCCUCCCGGACCUCCAACUGCUCACUGGAGAUAUCAGGUAUGACGAGGCCAUGGGUUACCCCAUGGUGCAGCAGUGGCGAGUCCGGAGCAACCUCUACCGUGUGAAACUCAGCACCAUCACCCUCUCAGCAGGCUUCACUAACGUUCUCAAGAUCCUGACCAAGGAGAGCAGUCGGGAGGAGCUGCUGUCCUUCAUCCAGCACUAUGGCUCCCACUACAUCGCAGAGGCCCUUUAUGGCUCAGAGCUCACCUGCAUCAUCCACUUUCCCAGCAAGAAGGUCCAGCAGCAGCUGUGGCUCCAGUAUCAGAAAGAGACCACAGAGCUGGGCAGCAAGAAGGAGCUCAAGUCCAUGCCCUUCAUCACCUACCUCUCAGGUUUACUAACAGCCCAGAUGCUGUCAGAUGACCAGCUCAUUUCAGGUGUGGAGAUUCGCUGUGAAGAGAAGGGGCGCUGUCCAUCUACCUGUCACCUUUGCCGCCGGCCAGGCAAGGAGCAGCUGAGCCCCACACCAGUGCUGCUGGAAAUCAACCGUGUGGUGCCACUUUAUACCCUCAUCCAAGACAAUGGCACAAAGGAGGCCUUCAAGAGUGCACUGAUGAGUUCUUACUGGUGCUCAGGGAAAGGAGAUGUGAUCGAUGACUGGUGCAGGUGUGACCUCAGCGCCUUUGAUGCCAGUGGGCUCCCCAACUGCAGCCCCCUUCCGCAGCCGGUGCUGCGGCUGUCCCCAACAGUGGAGCCCUCCAGUACUGUGGUCUCCUUGGAGUGGGUGGAUGUUCAGCCGGCUAUUGGGACCAAGGUUUCCGACUAUAUUCUGCAGCAUAAGAAAGUGGAUGAAUACACAGACACUGACCUGUACACAGGAGAAUUCCUGAGUUUUGCUGAUGACUUACUCUCUGGCCUGGGCACAUCUUGUGUAGCAGCUGGUCGAAGCCAUGGAGAGGUCCCUGAAGUCAGUAUCUACUCGGUCAUCUUCAAGUGUCUGGAGCCUGACGGUCUCUACAAGUUCACUCUAUAUGCUGUGGAUACACGAGGGAGGCACUCAGAGCUAAGCACGGUGACCCUGAGGACGGCCUGUCCACUGGUAGAUGACAACAAGGCAGAAGAAAUAGCUGACAAGAUCUACAAUCUGUACAAUGGGUACACAAGUGGAAAGGAGCAGCAGAUGGCCUACAACACCCUGAUGGAGGUCUCAGCCUCGAUGCUGUUCCGAGUCCAGCACCACUACAACUCUCACUAUGAAAAAUUUGGUGACUUCGUCUGGAGAAGUGAGGAUGAGCUGGGGCCCAGGAAGGCCCACCUGAUUCUACGGCGGCUGGAGAGGGUGAGUAGCCACUGCUCCAGCCUCCUGCGGAGUGCCUACAUCCAGAGCCGUGUGGAAACGGUGCCCUAUCUUUUCUGCCGCAGCGAGGAGGUCCGGCCUGCAGGCAUGGUGUGGUACAGCAUCCUCAAGGACACCAAAAUCACGUGUGAGGAGAAGAUGGUGUCAAUGGCCCGGAACACGUACGGGGAGUCCAAGGGCCGGUGAGGGAGGGUAUCGCCCUCCGUGAGCACAGAGACUCUCCAUGGGAGGGGGAGCAGUAUUCUCCUGGAUCCUGGGGCCUGGGUGGGCUGGGGGACAGCUGAGGAUGGGCCUAGCAGAUGAAACUUGCCAGCAAGGCCAAAGCAAAUGGUUUCUCCUGUGGAUAGUGGACAGAGACCUUUGUAACCAAUGGAAUUAUUCAUUUUUCUCUAUCUUUUAUUUUUUCAAAGAUAUUAUUUGACUCUAUCAAAAGUCUCUCCUUUUUAAACCUUUUCUUAUGGAUGGCUGUCAGUCCUGAGGCAGAAGUUUUCAGGUGGAGACCAAGCGGCCUUUGCUCUUCUUCCUCCUUCCUGCCACACUCUGCUUUCUUCCUGCCAUGGACCCCUGGAGGAGACCUAUGGAGGGACAGUUUUGACCUGACCCCUAGAGGAGACAGUUUUGACCUCUUCAGCACCAGGAAGGAAGCUCUGAGGAUGGUUGCAGUGAGGAAGCAUGGGUCUUUAAGGACUUCUCUCUCUUUUUUGCUGGACAUUAUUGAGUUUGUGGGACCCUGCCUCUUCCUGCUACCUGUGAGUCUGCCCAGAGUCCCCUGCAGGCCUGUCCAUGCAUUAAAAAUUCCUAUUGUCUCUCUUUCUGCUUGGGUGGUAUUUCUUACCAAAGGAAUGUUCUUGAGAGACCUCUGUUUAUUCACUUGCUGAGUAUCUACCCUGUGCCAGUCACAGAGCAUAUGCAACUAAAGACAGAGAAGCUUCCUUCCCUCAGGGAACUUAUGGCCCAGUGGAAAUUAUAGAGAAGGAGUCUGAUCAUUUCAAGCUGUGCUAGAGGAAGAAUGGAGGUUCUCUGCAUUCACUGUUGGAGCAUGAGACACACUGGAGGGCUCUUGAAAUGCUUCCUUGAAAAAGUGAUACCUAAACCCAAAGGAUGAGGAGAAAUAAGCCAGACAGAGAGGUCAAAAAAGAUGGGAUUUGCUUGCCAGGCACAGUGGAUCGUGCCUGUAAUCCCAGCACUUUGGGAGGCCAGGGCAGGUCGAUCACUUGAGGCCAGGAGUUUGAGACCAACCUGGCCAAUAUGGCAAAACCCCAUCUCUACUAAAAAUACAAAAAAUAAAAAAUAGCAUGGUGGCUUGCGCCAGUAAUCAAUCCCAGCUACUUGGGAGGCCGAGGCACGAGAAUUGCUUGAACCUGGGAGGCGGAGGUUGCAGUGAACCGACAUGGUGCCACUGGACUCCAUCCAGCCUAGUUGAAAACUUAAAAAAAAAAAAAAAAAAGAUGGGAUUUGCUCCAGCAAGAGGGGAUAUGAACCAAAGCCCAGAGACAAGAGACAGUACACCUCUUUCAAGGACUGAAAACUUUCCUUAAGAGUAGGGAUCAAAGUAACAAGUGUCAAAAGGUGAGGCUGGGAGCUUGGCAAGGCAUUGGAAGCUUUGGACAUGAAGCUUGACACUGUCUUGGAGCAUCCAUGACUAUUUAUAUAACUAAAAUAGUCAACUUGCUCUUUAAGAAAAUCAUUCCCACUACAGGAUGAAGAAUGGAUUGGAGAAGGCCCUAAAGAGAGGGGUGCCAUUGUCAUUUUCCAUGAAGGAGGUGAUGGUAGCUUAGGGGGAGACAUUCCAACAUUGGAAUCUCCCUUUAUUUAUCUAUUUUUGAAACAGCUUUAUUGAGGUGUAAUUGAAAUCUCCUUUUAAAUGAUAAUUGCACUGCUUCCAGUAUACCCUUCCCUGGGAGGGUAAUGAGUACAAAGAGGUGUUAUAAAUUCUUAACACCCUUGUAUUAGCUCAAAUAAGCUACCUAGCUUGAGCAGAUGGGAUGUAGGUCAGGUAUAUCAUAAUGCAAAGAUGACACCUGUUAAGAGAAGAGAGUAUAGCACUGUGGGGUUUCACAAGAGGAAAAGAUACUGAAUAUCAAUAAAACAUAAGCCAUUCAAAAUAUGCCUAUCCUCAUUUGUAUAGUGGUGAGUAAAAAAGAAAAAACAAUGGCUACUUCACUUCUCAAUUUGGCGAAUGUUGAUGAGAUUGAUAAUCCCCUUCCCAAUAACCUACAUACUGAGGACAUUUUUGCCCCCAGGACUCCGAUUCAUAUGGGGAAAUAGGUAACACAAAAGCAAAAAAGGCAGAAAGGGAUUCUUCCAACCUUGGUGCCUAGGAAGCUUCUCAACCUCUCACAGUCUAAGCUCUAAGGCACUUUUUCAGGAAGUUUACUAUUAUUGGGUUUAUGUUUCUCUAAGUAUACAGGUGGAGCUUCUAAAUGCCUCUCAUGUAUACCACUUCCUGGAUAUACAUGGGCCUUCAGAGAGCUAUCAGUUUGCUGGGCCUGGGUCCCAGGUUUUCAGAGAGCUAUCCAGUUGCUGUAGCUUUCCGUUGUCUUGACCCAACCUGAGGAACAAUUUAGCUCAACAGUUGGAGAAAAUUACAACACUCGGUGUGCUGGUGUGGUGGUCUGAGCCUGAUUUAGCUUGAGUCUGACAACACUGCUAUUCACCAGCUAUUGCCCUUAAGGGAGUAACUUGACCUCAGGUUUCUUAUCAACAAAGUGGAGUCAAUGCUGGUCCCACCUCAAGGGGUUGUUUCUCAGCUUGAAUGAUAAAGGAGUUAACACACAUCCAAUGCAAUAUAUAGUGUUUUUGUUUAUUUUUUUCUUUUUUCUCCUGACAGAGACAAUAUGCAUAAUACUGUGAGUCUUGGGCAGAUAUCCAGGAAAAUCUGGGUGGGAAAGGCCUAGAUAAUUCUGAUUAAAAGAAAGAAUUAACGAUU